UAGUAUUGUUGUUAGUUGCUACUACAAUUAAUGGCUUCAAGUUCGAAUUGGACAACAAAGCAGAACAAAAGAUUUGAGAAUGCGUUGGCAAUGUUGGACAAGGACACUCCUGAUCUUUGGCAGAAGGUGGCUAGAGCUGUGGGAGGGAAGACUGUUGAAGAAGUGAAAAGGCAUUAUGAGGACCUUGUUGAAGAUGUUAGGCAGAUCGAGGAAGGCCAUGUUCCCCUGCCUAAUUACACAAAUAAUGUUGGUUACAGUUACAUAAUGGAUCAAGAUAAAAGGAUGAAGGCUCUAAGUCUCCACUAAAGGGUGAUUAUGCAAGAAUGAUUAAAUAAAAUAUAUUAUGUGCCUUUUUAAUACUCUCAGUCUCUCUCUCUCUCUAUAAAGUAUCAGGGCAAUGUAUUUUCUAUACAACUGUCAAAAAAAUAAAAAUACAUUUCCUAUACAUGUAGAGAUAUUAUUCCAAUAACAUGUCAAAUGAUAAAUGAUAAACAUAUUGGCAUA